AUGGCUGCCGUUGCUUCACGAUUCUCCUCCACUGCCGUUCUUGAGAGGGCCCAGUUGCGCGAGACUGAAAGGCGAUCUGCUUCCGUAGCUGUUUCCUUCAAUGGCCUCAGACGUGAGUCUACGACAGCACUACCAUCCCGAUCAAACCGCAUCGCCCGCCGCCGUUCACGGUACUCAGUCGCACGUGCAGCAAAGAGCAGUGAUUCCUCUGAUCCUUCAUCUGCUCCACUCGCCACAGUCACACAGUCCUCCUCUACUCCAGACCUGUCUUCCGCUACUGCCGCUUUGAACCGCCUUAAAACCAAUAUCGUUACAUUCACACAGUCCACCUCCACUCCAGACGUGUCCUCCGCUAUAGCCGCUGCUCAGCCUUACGCUCCAUCCGUCCUAGGCGCCGGAGCGCUCGGUGUUGCGUCUUAUUUAAUUGUCAGAAAGAUCACAUCCGGUCCUGCUAAAGCGGAAGCGGGCGCAGAAGCUAAAGCAGCUCCUCCCAGCGGCAUCGUGCCACGUGCCAAGAAAGCCGCAACAACUGCGCUAGCGGCGAUGGCGGCGACUUUCCCGCGGGCCAUGCAGGAGGAGGCUUUCAUGAAGGCCGUGAGCCAAGAGCUCAGCAAGCUGGGCUUCAAAAGAGACAACUGCAUUGCGCUGGUGUCGACAUGCCGGGACGAGGUGUGCCGGCCGGUGGUGAGCCUGGUGGACCAGGAAUUUGGGCUGUCGUUCAAUAUCGCAGGGCUGGGCGGCGUGCUCAACUGCGGCUCCACAGGCUUUAAGGCUGCAAUGUCGCACUCGCCAGAGUUUCGCUGCGAGACCGAUGGGACUGUGAAGGAGCGAUACAUCUUCUUUGCCUUCCCUCACGUGUCCAUCGGAGAAUCGGGAGAGGUGGGAUCGCUGCUGCGGCGCGGCCGAGGCAAGCCCUCCAGUGCAUGUGGAGCACUGAUUGCCAUUCAGAACGACAUCAACGCGGGCAAGGCAACGGUGUCGGACCCUUAUGACGAGGAGUACGUGCUUCUUAAGAAGAAAGUCAAGUCACUGAUUCUACGGCGGGGAGGUUCGGAGUAUUCAUUGGUGGAGGUGACUCGUGCUGCACUGGCAGCCAUCAAUGAUGACCUGGAAAAACUCAUCUCCCUCACUGUCGACCCAGCCACUGCUGACUACGCUGUGAUCACAGGCGUGCAGAUUCACUCGGGCAACCAGAUUCCUGGAGAGCCAUUCCGCAUUGAGCGGACUUGUGAUUAUAUUGCUCCUGACAUGAUGUACGCCGUUGUAAGAGGGCAACGGUAUGACCUGCAGCUGGAAGCCAAUAAGGAGGACUUGGCAGUCCACUCUAGUUAG